AAAUUAUGAACUCGUCAGAUCUCCUUGGAGACCAACAGUUUUGGCAAAGAAGUAGUACACAAAAUAUUAAUGAAGUAGAAACAAACGGAUUCUGAACAGAUAUACUAGGGGAGAACAAGUAUACAGUCUCAUAUCCUUUGAGAGCAACAUUUAGCAUUGUAGGGACAUUUUCCAUCAUUGCCUGAGUUUUUGUUGCAUUCUCCAUUUUCUCAGUGAAGAAGUUGAAAGCUCACCCAAACAUUAUGAUUGGGUUUAUUUCCCUAUUUGAGGGUAUUUCAACAUUCCAUACUGUUGUUUGGGCAGUACAACCAAUGGACUUUAUCCAAUUCUUUGGGUUACAAAAUUUAUUUUACUAUACGAUGUAUAUCCCUCCUAUCCAGAAUAAAAGAGAGUCUUGAAUACUGCUAUGAGGGUUUAAUAGAUUAAUCGGAUAUGGAUUUUUUAAUCUAUUAUCUCUUGGAAUGAACAUGUGUCUUUGCAUAGACCUUUAUCUCACACUGAAGCAACCAUUUUAUCCAGCCUCAAGGAGACUCAAGUUCUACCUCCUUGCUAGUGUGAUCUUUUCAGGAACGAUUAUUACCAGCUUCGGAAUUUAUGGUAGCCAAAGUAAUGGUGAAACAGCUGGACUUCUCAAUCUAUGCACUUUAGAUUCUGGAUCUAGAGCUUCUAGUGCUUCUACUUGGUAUAAUUCCAUUCUUGCAAUAGUACUGAGCUUGUAUAUAGUCAUUGCUUUAUUUUCUAUUGUUUAUACAGGGAGGAUGCUCUCAAAGCCUGGGAUAUCCAAUAAUAUUAAAAGAAUGUUUCUGAAAAAGCAUAUACUCUAUGUAGUAGGAUUUAUCACAAUCUGGAUUAUUACUCUUUCAUCAGCAUACAGAAAUCUCUACAAAAUCAAUAGCGGAGAUCCCGAAAACGAGGCAAAUGACUCCUUGCUUAAGUCUCAAGGAUAUAGAAAAUUUCACAGUUUGCUACCCAAUGGAAUUUAUGGAGAAAUCUGGAUAAACGAAAACGAAGAAAUAUUUAUGGAAACAUCACAAGUUGUUUCCUUAAUGGCUACAAUCUCCACUGGGUUCAUUAUGGCUAUCAUAAGAUGAUUUGAGCCGUAUUUCAUCUUUAUCUGCAGAAGAACUUUUCUCAUGUUUUAUGGAAUCCCUUGGACUAUAGAUGAAGAGCAAGAGAAACAUGGAAAGCUAGACGACACCAUUUCAACUUUCUUGAACUCAUCUCUUAACAUUGAGCUAGUGCAUAUUAUUUUGAAAUCUAUUACAGAUGACUGUAAAAAUCAAGACCGUGUCGAUUUGCCUUGGGAAGAAGUCUAUGCUAACUUCCCAAAAUAUUGAGUUAAGGAGAAAAAUGACUACUAUGAAAUAGAAAUUGAAGAUCCAGAUGCUUGGGCAAUAGACCAGUUUGAGAAAGAAAGGGACAAGAAUGCACCCAAGAAAAUUAUUAGAAUCACUGAAGACAUCGAAGUCACUCAACUAGCUCCCGAUAUCUUUAACUGAAUUAGGAGAGCAGAUGAAGUGACUAAUGAAGAUAUUAUUUCAUCCUUAAAUCCCAAUGAUAACCGAGAAAUGGCUUUUAAGGCUGGAGAGGGAUCUGGAAAAUCUGGCUCAUUCUUCUUUUUCUCUCAUGAUAGAAAUUUUAUCAUCAAAACAAUGACUGAUGGAGAGUAUAAAACCUUCAUAAAAUUGUUCAAAUCUUAUAUGAGUCAUCUGAUGAAGCACAAGAACUCGUUGAUAGCAAGGAUAUACGGCAUAUUUUCAGUCAAAAUAGAAAAAUUAGAAACCGUCCACUUGAUAAUGAUGCAUAACACAAUUCAAAACCCCAUGUGGAAAGAAAUCAAGCUAAAGUAUCUCUUCGAUCUCAAAGGAUCUCUGAUCAACAGAGAAACUAAGGUAAACAUGAAGAAGUACAAGCCUGGCUCAACUUUAAAAGAUAUCAAUCUUCUUUCAAUUAGAAAAAGUGAGAAUCUCUGUAAGUUUAGUAUCCAGGAUAGAGCUAAACUGAUCGACAUUCUUGAGAAAGAUGCUGCUAUCCUUAACAAGCAGAAAAUUAUGGAUUACUCUCUCUUAUUGGCUGUUGAGAAGUACCAAUUGAGGGCAGAAACUAGAGACAGAAAUAGGACUCAUAAUCUCUCUUCAUCUAGUAUUUGUAGUGAAAACGAGAUGAAACUAUCAAAGGAUCCUGAGUUAAAAGCCAGGUUUACUGCGCCUAAUUCCCCUAGUGCAAUUAGCAAGUUAACAAAUUGAUUCGUUCCAUCAAGACAUAGGUAUGCUUGUCAGGAGAUUAUACUUUAUAGGUUCCUUAGCUACUCAGGAGAGUAUAUCUAUCAUUUAGCUAUUAUCGAUUAUCUUCAAGAAUAUAAUUUUGAUAAGAAGAGCGAGCACUAUGCAAAGACUAUAUUCAGAGGAAGAGGAGCUGAGAUCUCAGCAGUUCCUCCAGGAAGAUACAUGAAGAGAUUUAUUGAAUUCAUGAGAGAUGAAGUGAUAAUUGAUGAUAAAAGCAGAGGAGAGAAAUCACAAUCAUCUUUAACAUAA